AAGGAGCUAGCGCUAAAUCCCGGUUCUAGGGUUGUUGCCGAGCGCACGUCGGUGCUGACGCGGAAACCACCUGCGCACAGUCUCGAGCGUUUACAAUCACUCAAAUCUUCCAAGCCCUUGCCGAAGCCUCCUUGUCACUCCUCAGCAUUUCUGCCACUGAAGAAGGCCCGAGCUCGCCCUAAGACCCAGCUAGGUCUUUGAAGUAUCAUACUCAACUUGAACCCAUGGCAAUGCAGCCCGCGGUCGCGGCUUCUUCUGCUGGGCUGGCGCGUUCGACGAGUUCGAUCGGCAGCAUCAGCGCGUACGUUGGAGCAGCAGGAGCGAGCAGGCACGCGAAAGUGGCAGCGCUGGCCCGGGCCCUCACGGGCCAUGCGCAGCCGCCAACGGCGGGUGCCGACUCAUCAUCGGUGUCAACGUCGUCGCCCAGCGGCCCCCAACAAGCUGCUGUUGCCGGUGGCGGUGAGCCCGUGGGUGCCACCGGCAAGCCCGGGGUCAGCGGCUUCAGUCCGGGUGGCGGUGCCUUCGGUAGAAGCAGCAUCGGCAUCCGCAGUGGCGGCUCUGGUGGUGGCUCCAGUGGUGCCAGCAACGCUGGCCCCAGCGCCAGCAGCGGUGGUGGUGGCAGCUGGGGCAGCUGGGCCCUCCUUGUCCAGACGCUGGUAUGGACCGGGGUUGCUGUGUUUGCGGCCUGGUUCAUUGCUGACAGCGUGGAAGGGGGGCUACAGUCCACCGGCAACAGCGUGCAGGCGGGGCUGCAGUCCGCCGGCAAUAGCGUGCAGGGGGGGCUGAAGGAGGGGCUGACUGAUGCCGCCAAGGAGCACGGGUCGCGUAUGGCGUGGGGCAUGGGCAUAGCCGCCGGCAUUGGUGGCAUUUCUGCGUUGGCGUGUGUGGUGGUGCAGUGGUACCUGCAGUCGCGCUACACGGUGGCGGAGCCCGAGGACCUGGGCGGCCGGCUCCUGGCCACCGCCGCCGCCACCGGCCGCCCGCUGCAGGAGCCCAAGACAGCCACCGCCGCCGCCAUCACCACCACCGCCGCCGGGCAGCAGCAGCACGCCUCGGUGCAGGGUGCAUUUAACGGUGGCAGCAGCGGCAACGGGGGCAGCGGAAAGUAGUGGGAGGUGGAUGGUGGGCGCGGUGGCGGGCGCAAGGGGGGCGCACACUUACGGUAGUCGGUCAGUCGCGGCGAGGCGGCGUUGAACGAUUAGCCCAGAGAGUCGUGGAUGGUUGAGACGUAUGCGGCAGUCUAUCUGUGCCUCUGUGGCCUAGGUAGAAAGGAGCGAGGGGAGAUGCGCUUGUUGGGGGGGUAGUAAGGGGCACGUGGGGUAAUCAUGCCGAGAUGUGUGCGUGGCACAGUUGCUUGACAGUUGCUUGUUACUGUUGGACUUGCUGAGACAAUUGCUCAGGCCGGCAAUAAUACGUCUUACUAGGGCGACUACGUGCGCCUUCGCAACCUAGCACCCUACCAAUCUAGAGCAUUCACAUCUUUAGAGCAUUGUUUUUGAUAGGGCGCCACGCACGCGGGCCAGCUAGGCACUGAUCAGGCGGCAGUUGAAAGGCGUUACUACUGCUGAGAGUGGGCAGGCAGGCAGGUGCACUGUGCCGCAUGCCAUUGUGGGCUGGCAUGCCUGUUGCAAAACAU